AUGGCUGUGACAGCCGGACUGUCCGCCAUGAUACCAUUAGUACUAGUUUACCUGUUGUCAGCUGUAAUCCAAGCAGAUGAAAGAAUUUUCUUUUCAAAACACAACGAAAUUGGCGAUGUGUUACGGACAAGACGUAGUAAUUUCCCAUGUGGCAAGAGCUUUUUACCAUGUAAUGGUAGGUACUAUAAUAAAAUUUUUGGAACGUCGUUUUGGCAAGUUGAAAAGUCGAAAUUUUACGAAAUUUUUUGUGUGUACUUUUGGGGUUUGUAACAUCAUAUAGCUGAAAUUUGGGAACAAUUAAUUGUAUUUGAAAAUAUAUCAUCAUGACUGAUUUUAUGAUAUGUUUUUGAAAUAACGUCAGACAUUUUUAAUUAUCUUAUGUAGACUUCAUAACCACCCUUAGAGUUAGAAAAAGUGGUUGCACGUAUUUUACAUCACCUUUUUCAGAUGAAAAUUCGAUUUUACUCGACGAAUCAUCCCCAAUAUUGAUGCCUGAUGUUGCUGAACAAAGCGUUCAGUUUGCUGCGGUCAGAGCCAAAAAUGAUCUGGAUACCUUGUACAACAAGACCGAACCUGCUCUUUUCAAGGAUUUUAGAGGUAAAGAUUUUGAUUUUGAAUUUUGGUUUAGGUAUUAUGACAAGUUUUCUUUGAAAUUUCCGGUCUUCACCGAAUUUAAGUGGAGUUUCGAAGAUAAACGGACUGAAAAAUAAUGUAAAUCAAUGAAAAUGCACUUUUCUUUAGUAAAUUUUAACACAAAAUAUUCCUACGCACAUUUUAAGCCUAUAAUCACCUAAUUUGACUCACAAUUCAUCAAGAUAUACAACCAUAUUCACCAUGAUAACCAAAAAUCCAUUUCUCAAAAAAAUAUUUUUAGGUACAAAUUUCUUGUUCUCCACCCAUGCCUGGGCUGAAUUGAUGAAUGAAGAUCGCUAUGCCAAAGAUUUGUCUUAUAGUGCAUUGGUUUCAGCUAAAGCAACAGCAAAUUUAAAAAAGUAAGUAUAAAAGCGGCCGCGUCAAAAAGAAUUGUGCGGAAUAACCAAAGAAAUGUUAAGAAAAGCGACCAAUUCUUUUUGACGCGGCUGGGAAAAUGGUUGUAAAUAAUCUAAUUUCUAUAAUAUAAUGUUUGUUUUGUUAAAAUUAUGUUAGAAUAAGAUCUUAUUUACCUAAAAAAAUGUAAAAAUUUAAAUGCCACGCUUCAGCCUCAUCAGAAUAACAAAUUAAAUAUAUAACUUUACCUUUAGCUUCACCUCCCAACUUUCCACUGAUGAUCUUGUGAAUGGAAUGCCAUUGUUUCCAGUAAACAACACAAUCAUUCAUCAAAUUUGUCCUGUGAAUGCUAUUGCUGAAUGUAUUCCGGGCAGAUAUCGUACUUAUUCGGGACAUUGCAAUAAUGUUGAACAUCCACUUUGGGGAGCCAGCUAUGAGCCAAUGCAGCGGCUGCAGGCGCCGAACUAUGCUGAUGGUAAGGCUGAGUUUGGUACUGAUUUGAAGGUUAUGAUCUUGCGAUUUAUGCGAUAUGAUAUUUUGUUUGGUUUUGAUAAGUUUUAGGGCAAAAACAUGAUAUUAAUCAUGAACAACAGCAGUUUUUUUGGGAUUUGCUUGCUUUUUCGAAAUUUUUUGGCUAGAUAGCUUAAUAUUGCUUAUUAAAUUGACAGUGAAUUAAAAUAAAAAAUUUUUUAAUUACAGGACGUUUUAGUGUAAACACGGCAUGUUAUUCAUGACCAACACCUAUUUUUUGGAUUUAAAAAUUUAAAAGUUAAAAUUUCCAAUCUUCAGGAGUAUCAACAAUCCGUACCUCAUCAAACAACCGUCCUCUCGCUUCACCUCGACUCAUUUCCAAGAUGUUAUUGAUCGAUAAUGUUAAUGCUACCUCAAGUCCACACAAGUUUUGCACUGUAAUGUUGGCCCAAUGGGCCCAGUUCAUCUACUCGGAUUUGGCUCAGCUUGGGUCGACAAUGUUGUUUAAUGGGCAAGAACGACUACCUUUGCCAUGUUGUGCCACAACUCACGACGAAUGUUUGCCAAUCAUCGCGGCUGAGAAUGAUGUUCAGUACAAAGGUGGGUGGUGAAGAUAAAUUUGUGUUUUUGGUUGUUUUUAGGUGGUUUUGAUAGUUAAAAUAAACAAAAUUUUAGCCAGAGGCCAAUGUCUUCAAUACAGUCGUUCCUUCACCGCUCCUCGCGAAAACUGUAACCUAGGACCGCGGGAACAGGCCAACUUGGCCACCUCCUUCCUGGACGCUUCCCAACUUUACGGCCGAACCUCAGAAGAGGUGAAGAACCUUCGAGAACAUUCGGAUGGCCGUCUGAAAUCAGUGAAGAGCUCAGAACGCCUCCGUGAGAUUCCACCUCCAUCAGAACGGACCAAAGCCUGCGCCAGUCCAGCGGAUCAGCCUUGUUUCGAGAGUGCCAAUCCAUGGACUAAUGUCUUGCCAACCAAUGCCGCAGUCCAAACCUUGUUCCUAAGGCAUCACAACACAUUGGCUGGAGAGCUACAGAAGCGGAAUCCACAUUGGGACGAUGAGAAGAUCUUCCAAGAAGCUAAGAGGAUUCUGGUCGCUCAAGUACAACAUAUCACCUACUCGGAAUACCUACCAAUUGUAGUCGGGAAAGAAAAAUUGAAAAGAAAUGGACUACAGUUGAGGAGACGGAGCUUUGAUGCUGAUUACAGCAUGGUGAGUGGUAUAUUUUUAUUUUGGCAUAGUUUUUUCAAAACUUUUUUAAAUUUUAAAGUGGUCGAUUUUUUUUCAAAAAAGGUCAAAAGUUAAAUCUAAAAGUAUAAAAACUACUGGUUUUUCACCUUUUUAUAAAGGGCACUUCUUAAAAAAAUCGUAUUUUAACUUAAAAAUUCACAUGCAAAAAAACGCCAAAUUUGGCGGGAAAAUGAAAAUUUGAAUUUUUAAAAAAAAGUUUAAGGUACCAAAUUAAAAGUUAAUUUUUGAUAUGAUUUUACAUCUUUUAAACUUAUAAAACAUCUAAAUAGUCUUAUUUAUCGACUUGAAACACUAUGCCAAAUUUGGCGCGAAAAUGAAAAUUUGAAAUUUCUUAACAAAAUUUUAAAGUAUUGAAUAAAAAACUAGUUUUUUAUACAAUUUUACAUUUUUUAACUUAUAAAACGCCUGAAUAGCCUUCAAACUUAAUUGAAACACUAUUCCAAAUUUGGCGCGAAAAUGAAAAUUCAAAAAUAAAUUUUUAAAAAAUUACAAAAAAUUUCAGAAAACCAACCCAAGUGUUCUAAACGAAUACGCAGCUGCCGUAGGCCAUUUCUACUUAUCCCUCCUGCCUGAUAACAUCUCCCCAAUUACGGAAAACGGCCAAAAUUUGAAUAAACAACCCCUCAGCACCUUCUUCAACAACCCCUCCAUGAUCUACCAUCGCGACAAAGUCGAGUCCCUCCUCCGUUUCAUGUUAAAAGAGCCGAUUCAAAGCCCAAAUUUGCAUAUUUCCCAGGAAUUCACUCAGAAGUUUCUCCGCGGCCAAGAACAAUAUGGUUUGGAUCUGGCCGCCUUACUGGUCCAAAUGGGACGUGAUCACGGCCUAAACUCGUAUACUAGGUGGAGAGAACAGUGUGGAUUGGGGACGGUGGAGAGAUUCGAGGAUUUGGGCGGGGUAUUCCACGAAAAUGUGAAUUUGGAGCUGUUCAAGAAGGUCUAUCAUGAUGUAGAUGACAUUGACCUGUUCAUUGGUGGAAUGGCCGAAAAACCGGAGAGAGGCGCGUUGAUUGGGCCAACGUUUGCUUGUAUUUUGAGUGAGCAGUUUGAGAAAGUAAGAUUUUUCAAAAAGAGUUGUCGUUUUUCACCUCCAAGCCUUAAUACAGUCUGUCUUACUUUAUUCCUACUUUACCUUACUUUUGCUUUACUUUAGCCCAACUUUAGUUAUAUUUUGGCAUGAAUUUAGUCUCUUUUGCUCUAACCUUGCUAUACGUUAGUUUUAGUUUAGCUCUACUUUAACCCUUAUUUUUCAUGAGUUUGUUAUACAGGAGUUCUAUUAUAAAUUGACCGCAAGGUCUUUAUCAAAACUAUAAUAUUACCGGAAAUAUUCAGACUCGUCAUGGUGAUCGCUUUUGGUACGAAAACUUCUUUCAACCAUCCGGUUUCACUGAAGAACAGUUGAUGGAGAUUAGAAAGACGACGUUGGCAGCGAUUAUUUGUGACAACACGGAUAACAUUGGUCAGAUGCAACAAAGCGUUUUCGAGCUGCCAAAUGAAUAUACGUAAGUUUAAGGAAACGCGAAUUCAGGUUUUAGGAUUUAAAGGUUAUAGGUAGGAUUAGAAGAGUGGCUGUUUUAGGGGGGGGAGUAGGUAGCUAGGGCUAAACUUUCAAAAUUUUUACUAAGCCUAAAUCUACUAAGGUAAGCUUAUUGAAGUUUAAGUCCUCCCCCCCCCCUUCUUAGGACCAAAAACCUCUAAAUUACCCCCUUGACCACCCCCUUCUCGCCCCCUCCCCCUUCCGAGAAAAACCGUAGCUACGCCUCUGUUAAUAACUAUAAGCCUAAGUCUAUUAAGAUUAAUGUAAUGUAUUUGACUUACUAAACUUAUGCUUUUUAAGCCUAAUGUAAGUCUAUUAAGCCUGCAUAUUAGGCUUAAUUUAGGUAGACAUGAGGAACGGGCCGAGCCCAAUUUUCAGGCCCGGCUCGAUCAAAAUUUUGCUCAGGCCCGGUCCGUUCCUCGUGUCUAAAUUUAGGGUUAGCUUAUCAAACCUUGGCUUUAAAUAAGCCUAUUAAACCUUAAACUGAAAAAUUACUUUUCCAGUAACUGUCCAAUGUCAUGUAACGCAACCGCCUCUUCCAAGCCCAACCUCGACUUCUGGAUCGAUCAAGAGCCCAAACGUCGUUUGCCAAUCAACAAAGACACAUUGGAAAAGGCGUUGAGAGUCGGGGCAGAACAAUAUCGAAGGCUAAAAGAGGCCGAGAAGAAGAGGCUACAACAAAAUGGCAGUUCGAACGAUCGUGGCUUGGCUGUCGCGGCUCAUGCUAGUAUUAUGGCACCAAAGAAGGAGAGUUUGGAUCGGGCUGAAGCCGCUGGAAUCUUGAGGGCUACUACCAACGUGCUUUUGAGAGGGUAGGGCUUUUUUUAUUUCUUUGGGGAGGGGGAUGAUUUUACUUUAGGAAGGGGGGGGGGGGUUAGAGUUUUAUUUAGGUAGGGUAAGACAUUUUACGGUAGAAUACGAUGUAGGGUAGAGUAAAGUAGAGUAGAGCAGUGAUGCGUAGAGUAAAGUAUGGUAGGACAGGAAACGGCUAAGCACGACAGUUCACGGUAAGGCAAGGCAGGAUAGGGUAGAGCAGGGUAAAUAAAUUAUGGCACGGCAGGACAGGGCAUUGUAUAGCAAGAUACGGCACGGUUAGGCCUGCCUGACCUCUACUGGACUAAACUGCGCUUGGCCGGGCAGGGCAUAGCAAGAUAGGGCAGGGUUAGCCCGGCUGGACUGGGAUCCGAUGGCCAUGUAGGAGCAGGGUAGAGCAUGGUAGGGUAUUAUAAGGUAGGGUACGGGUGAGUACAGUAGCGUAGGGCUGGGUUGGGUAGGUUAGGGUACGGUAGGGUAGGGUAUGGUAGGGUAGCAUAAUGUAGGGUAAGGUAGAGUUGGUUAGAUUAGGGUAGGGUAAAUUAGGGUAAGGUAGGUUAGGGUAGGGUAAGGUAGGGUAAAGUAGGGUAGGGUAUGGUAAGGUAGGAUAGGGUAGAUAGGGCUACAGUAUGCCAAUUAAAAUUUUAAUUUUAAAUUUCAAAAUUUAUUUCAGCGACGGCCUAACAGAGAACGAAAAACUUCCAAAAGACCUUGACGUAGCCACUCUUCAACAGCUUUUACCUCAGGUUGAUGUCAGUCGAGUGAUUGGCAACUUCUCCGACUUUCUAGGUGAAACUCCGAAUGCCGAGAAGGAGUGUCUGCCAAAGCCAGUACCGUGCGACCAUACCUCCAAGUACCGUACCAUUUCGGGCUGGUGCAACAACCUCCGUUUCCCGCAUUACGGUAACGCCUUCGAGCCCCUGAGGCGGCUACGUGAUCCAGCCUACGACGAUGGCUUCGACUCGCCAAGGACUCGGGCUGUAAAUGGCAGAGAACUGCCAUCAGCACGUACCGUCUCGGUUACAGUACACAACGAUGACGAGCAGGAGAGUGUGCACUUUAGUCAUAUGCUAAUGCAGAUGGGGCAGAUCAUCGACCACGACUUUACCCACUCCCCCAUCACUCGUGGCCCCUUCAACUCGAUCCUCAACUGCUCGACCUGUGACAGUUUUGAUACGCUGUCUAUUCACUGUUUCCCGAUCAAGAUCGAUCACGGAGAUCCCUACUUCCCAGCCACUCAUAAUGAUGGCACACCUAGGUGUAUUCCGUUCGCUAGAAGUCUGAUAGGGCAGGUCACUCUGGGGUAUCGGAAUCAAGUAAGUAUUAAUUAGUUGGGGGGGGGGGGAGGGGGGAUUAAUUUUUUUGGUGAGGGUAGGAACAUGGGGUAUAGCGAAGUCACAGAAAGAGGGGUAUGGUAAUAAAAGUGUGAGGGGGGGGGGAUUUUCGGGGCUCAGGGUUAGGGUGGGGCAGGGUAGGAACAUCGGGUAUAGUGAAAAGACAGAAGGAGGGGUAGGGUAGAAAGAAAGUGUUUUUUUGGGGGCGCGGUGGAUUUUUGGGGGCUUAGGGUAAGGCAGGGUAGGGUGGGGUAGGGUAAGAUAGGGUAAGGUAGGGUAGGGUAGAGUAAGAUAGGGUAAGGUAGGGUAGGGUAGGGUAGGGUAGGGUAGGGUAGGGUAGGGUAGGGUAAGGUAGGGUAGGGUAGGAUAGUGUAGGGUAGGUUAGAGUACGGCAGGGUGGGAUAGGGUAUGGUAAAGUAAAAUAACUUAUUUUUUCAGAUAAACCAGCUCACCUCCUUCCUAGACGCCUCUCACGUCUACGGCUCUACCCAAUGUGAAGCCGACCAUCUUCGUCUCUUCUCCCAAGGCAUGCUCAACUUCACGGACCUCGGCUUCAACAAACAAGCCCUGCCACAGGGUUCGCAGGAACGUGACUGCCGUUCCGGUCCUCACAAACCGUGUUUCGUCGCCGGCGACGAGCGCAACAACAUCCAGCCCGGUCUCGCCACCCUACAUACGAUCAUGAUGAGGGAACAUAACCGUAUCGCCAAGGAGCUACAUCGUCUGAAUCCCCACUGGACUGACGAACAGCUGUACCAAGAGGCCAGGCGCAUCUUCACGGCCAAGUACAAUCACAUCAUGUACAACGAGUGGCUGCCCAUCGUGAUCGGCUGCGAAACCAUGGCACGCUACGAUCUACAGCCGAAGAAGGUGGGCUACUAUGACAAUUAUGACCCGACAUGUGACGCGGCAGUUAGUCAAGAAUUCUCCUCAGCCGCCUUUAGGUUUGGCCAUACUCUGAUUAGGAAUGUCUUCCCUAAAAUGGACGCAAAUUACAGCGAAAGCUUGGGGCCAGGAUAUCAACUUAGAGAACACUUUAACAAUGCUUCAUUACUGUACGACAAGAAGACGGGCCACAUGGAGAGCAUACUCAUGGGACUGCUGGGGGCUCCUACGUAUGUUUUUGAAAAAUUUUGAAAAUUUUAAAAAGGGGGCAGGCUGAAAAUUAGCAAAAAAACCAAUUUUUGACGGAAUUUUUGAUAUGUCUUUCAAAAACACCUACAGCUUCUAAAUCCAACCUCAUCCUUGCUUGUAAAGCCAAGCCCACCAUUUUCAGAAUGGUAAACGACCGUCACAUUGCCAACGCCGUCCGCAACCACCUGUUCCAACGCGCUGGCGGACCUUACACCGGCCUCGACCUGGCUGCCGUCAACAUUCAAAGAGCCAGAGAUCACGGUGUACCUGGCUACAAUGGCUAUCGCGAGAUGUGCGGACUACAAAAAGCACGCUCAUUCAACGAUCUACGCGAUACGCACGAUGAAUCCGCGAUCGUGGCGUUGAGGCGGGUAUAUGAACAUGUUGAUGACAUCGACCUGUUCCCUGGGGCUAUGGCCGAAAAACCAUUGAAAGGUGCGAUUGUUGGCCCAACGAUUGGUUGUUUGAUUGCUGAACAAUAUCAACGUGCAAAGAAAUGUGAUAGGUUUUACUAUGAAACUAAUGAUCCCAACCUCAGGUUUACACCAGGUAUGGAUAACAUCUUUUUUAGUGGUGUAACAUCAUAUUUUAGUUGGCCUUCUUAUCAAAAUGGUUAAAAUUUGUGUUAAAAUGAUUACAUUUUGUCUUUAAAACACGUUUUGACACAUAUCUGGCGGAGACAUCUCUUUUUUUAACAGUUAAACAGAAUGCCAAGAAUGACGGGAAAAAGAGCAUUUGAAUUUCUUUAUUAAGGUUUUAGAUUGAAAAAAAAAUUAAAAAAUUGUUAUUGAAAGUGUUUAGACUCUUAGUUUUGUAAGAAAUGCUAUUUUGAAGCCCUAAUGCGAAAUGCCAAAAUUGGCGGGAAAACUAAAGUUUGAAUUUUCUUGAUGAAGUUAUGGCUUAAAAUUGAACAAAAUUUGAAAAUUAUGCUUAAAAAUGUGUUUUGGUGUCACUGGUUUUGUAAGAAAUGCCAUUUUGAAGCCUUAAUGCUAUGCCAAAUUUGGCGGGAAAAUUAAAUUUUGAAUUUUUUUAAUUAAAUUUUGAUGUUUGAAAUAAAAUUUUGUAAAAAAUGUAUUUGAAAAGCAAGUUAAUUUUCAGGUUUUAAUUUUUUUCAUUUUUUAAAAUGAUUAAAAAGGGCAUUUUUCAGCUCAACUAGCCGAAAUUCGAAAAAGUAGCAUGUCCAAGAUGUUGUGCCAAAACAGUGAAUACGCAGCCAAAAUUCAACCCAAUGCAUUCUUAAUGCCGGAUGAUCUAACGUGAGUUUUGGAAAGAGUAAAGUUAUAUAUUAUAUCUAUUUUUGGUGUAAAUUACAGUAGAUUUGAGUAAAAUACCGGGCAGUUGGACAGUGUUAGUAGAUUUGAAAGAGGUCUUACUAAGUCCAGGCUGCCGAGCCAAAAAUGUGGGCCUAGCUUGGCUUCGGACUGGGCUAGGCUGAAGCAAUUUUUAAAGGCCGGGCUGGGUAGCAUAGUACGGGUCCGAGGGCCGGGUCAAAACCAAGUCCCCAGGGACUCGCUUAGGUCCCGCAACGAAAGAUUUGACUUGCGAAAAAAAAUUGGGCCCGGUCUGCUUCUUUUAUAGGUCUAUUUGUUACUGUGUAGCUAAGUAAAAUUUCAAAAAACUAAAAUUGAAACCAUUUUAGAAAUGCCCCAAUACAUUGUGAAGAGAUGUUGGAUACAGACCUUAGCGAAUGGGUCGAUCGACGUGAGUUUUGAGGGCGUAUAUUAUAGUAGAUGUUUAGGUAACAAAAUGAAGUUUUUUGAUUGUUUUAGAUAUUGGAGUUGAAAAAAAAGAGUUUUUAGAGGAUUUUAAAGCAAAAUUGAAAAAAAAGUUUUUUUGAAAAUUUUGAAAUUUAAAAAAAAAAUUUUUAAAUUUCAGAAUUCUGCGUAAUGGACAAUCGUGUGAUUCAGCUCGGCAAGACGAAGCGUGUUAUGCCAUGUAUCAGUUGUACGUGCACGGCCGAAGGCACUGAAUGUCACUCGAUGACAGUCGAUUCAUGUGACAAUCUUUUGAAGGAGUACCCAUUGGAAGAGAUCCGAAAAGAUACAGUAUGCAUGAUACAGUGCUCUGGAGCUAUGAGAAAGAGGAGGCAUGCUUAA